AUGUCUUUUGGUGCUAUUUCGAAAGGACGAAUGCUUCUACCAUUGGAACUACGGCACUUCCAUAAAUUUUCAGGGAAGUCCAGAAAAACAGGAAGGACAUGUGGUAACUGUAUUUUACCGCGACAAUUAUGGCGUUACGAUGUAGCUAUGGGAAAAAAAUUUCAGCGAGAAAUGGGCAAACGAGUUGGAUGGGAUAUGGGUUUGGAGGACCGAAUAUUGCUGAGAUCUCUUGGGCAACGUCAGCGCCAUUUGGAUCAGAAGAAAAUAAAUCAACUAUCGAGCAUUCUUCAAUCAAAAAUUAUGGAAGCAGUAUCAACUAGCGAGGAGAUAAAUCUUAGUUCUGUAGAGUUCACUAAGGUAAAAGUUAAUGGUUCGUUUACUGAGGUGAGCGUGUGGUGGCUUUGCAAUGGAGUCAAUGAUGAGCAGGUUUGCUUCAGGAGCAAGAGGAGUGUCUUAUCAGAGUUAAUUGGCGUUAAUUGCCCAGAAAUACAAUUCAAACCUGAUCGAUCACAACUUAUAAUUCAGGAAAUGGACAGAAUAUUUCGCAUAGCUGAUUAUGGUAUGGACUACCGCGCUCUAAGUAAUACAGCAAGAGUGCUUGGAAAUAAAGAGGAGAAAUGGAAGACAUACAAUGAAUUGCGGUGGCCUACCGAUGCUUCGAGUCAGUGCCGGUAUCCUUUCGGACAAGUCUAG